CAAUCAAGAUGGCGGCAAUGCAUCCAGCUGUAAUUUGGCUUAUUAUAGCCGCGAUUGUGGGAACUGCUUUGCUUAUUGCUACUUUUGUAGCCAACAGAAAUCAAAAGAAGAAGAAGAAGGGUAAGUAUUUCAUUAUCCUUGGGAGAUAAUGUUCGAGGGAAGGGAAAAUGCCGCUUUUGAACUUAAUUAUAUCAAUUGCUACGUCAGCUUUAGAAGCUCAUAAGCUUAAAUUCUAUUGACCAACUUUCUACGGAUAUGACAGUAGUAUACGUAACACAAGGAAAUUUCAUUUACUAUGUCAGUGUUUCAAUUUCAAUUACUUUUAUCACAAUUAACAAAAUAAACGUGGUGCUUAACAGUACUUGAUUAAAAUUUAUAUCCCGCAUGCACGUACAGAGGACCAUGUGUGUAAUAAUAUUCUGAUCUUAUUCAUCACCAAGUUGCAGUGGUGGUAUUUAAGUAAUAUACAAGAAGAUGCCACUAUUGAAAACAAUAAUAAACCAUAACAUUUGAGUGGAAGUAAAUUUAUUGAUCAACAAAUAUGCUGUCCUGUUCAUUUCUUGUUUUCAACACUGUACUGUACAUGUACCAUGUCAAUGUUGGAUGUUGAAACUGGCCAUUCAUCAAAUGUUGAAAACUGUUGAAUAAGAUUUUAUUAUGGCUUCUGUUCAACAAGUUGCUACUUGUUAAACGGCAACGUAACCAUUGUCGUGUAAUCAACAAAUGUUGAACUCUUGUGUUGUUGAUUAAGGAGAGAUGAUGAUUGGCUCAAUCAUCUAUGUAACUUGGGAGCCCUGUGUGUGAAUUAGUUAACGUAUCCUGUGAAGGUUUAAAUUCUGUACUUCUUACCAAGGGGGGUUUGAAUUUAAAACAGGUUUGGCAGCAUAGAAUAGUCGUGAAGAAGUUAGAGGGAACAUAGUUAAUAUUAUUUUCCUUUCCUUUUGCUUCCUGUUGUAUCUGCAUUCUAUUCCAUUCUCAAUGGAUGAGACAUUUUGCCAUUUUAGUGUGUUGGUUUCUUCUCUUGUAAAUAAAUUCAUUGGCAGCAUCAGUCCAAGCAAAUUGAUCUUGAAGUGCAGUUUUACUAGACAGGAUUAAAAACAACACAGAAAGGAGCAUCUCAUCACUUAAACAUUGGAAUCAGAUUUGAAAUUUUGGUUAAAUCUGAAGACACUUGUAGCCUUGGCAACUUUUUAUAUCAAUAAGUAAAAAAAGUUUCCAUGGAAUCCCUGCGGUUCACACUUUGCUCCUUAAGUGAAGUCUUCCAUCUGAAUAUGUAAUCAAAUUGGUAGAAAUAAAAAAAAUCUUUUAUUGAUGCUAGGUGCAUCUAGGCAGCCAGAAGGGAUUGACAAUGCAGGAGAAGUGGGCGGAGCAAGGAGAAGAGUCAGAAAUGCUCGGUCAAGAAUGAAUGCCAGAAGAGCACAAGAUGAUGAUGAUUAUGAUGAUGAUGAAUAUGAUGGUCUGUUCAGUUGAUUGAUAAAGUUGAUAUAAUUGAAAGAAAAUAGUAUGAUAUUAAUAUAUUUAAUUUAUGGGCCAAAUUAGCCCCUUAAGCCCUGCUAUCUAUAUACAAGUUCUUUAGACUUAUCUUCAUACAUUUCCUUACAAAAUUGGUUAAGAGAAUUGGGUUUAAGAUCAAUGCAUUUUCCAUAAGGUGGUCUUUUUUUGGGAUUCUUACAACCCUCUUUCUUGAUUAUGCAUUGGGGGAAAAUUGACAUAGACCACUCUUUGGACCUCAACAGUUAGAGGUCCAAAAGUGCUUCAUGGGUGAGUACCUCUCUCCAAUGUGGCUUGUACUCGAACCCCAAGGGCAACACCACAUGUGGUUUGACAUUGUUGUAAUAAUAUAAUAAUAAUUUUUAUCAACUUUAUUUAAUGAGGGUAACAUUGGACAAUACUUCGACUGAAUAACUAGUGGCCCUCAAGUUGUUGGUCUUUGCCUUGCCUUAAAGAGGUUUUUCUUUGAAUACUCUGUUCUUGCUCUCUCCUCAAAACCAGCAUUUUCAAAUUCCAGUUGAUCUGGAAUGUUAGACGAAGAACCACUUGUAGAAGUGCUACCACUCACAUGAAAAAAUAACCGAUUCCCAUUUUUGGAUAUUUUAGGGAAUUUAAAGAAUACCCACAAAAAUCCCAAAUUUGGAAGAGUGAGACAAGUCCCAACCAGGGAACUUGGUUGGGAAUUCCCUGGUUGGGACUUGUCUCACAUUGCCAAAUUUGGGAUUUUUAUGGGUAUUCUUUAAAUACCCUAAAAUAUCCAAAAAUGGGAAUCCGUUAUUUUUUCCUGUGACUUAAUUGUUAUUUAUUCUUUUUUUAAUUAUUAAAUUAGCCAAUCCAUUGUUGGGAUUUUUCUGGUGUGCUAACUCAACAAAUACCGGCAUUUUGAAAUAUUAUCACUGAUAGGAGGCAUUUCUUGUCAUAGGUGCUGGUGAUGAAGGAGGCUACUCGAUGGGACUUGAUAAUCAGAUGCCUGUUGGUAAGAUUGGAGCGAAAAAACAGCGAAAGCUUGAGAUGAAGGAGGAGAAGAGGAUUUUAAGGGAGGUGCGAUCAGUUGUAUUUUGAUAAUUGACAUACUUUGCACACACUGUUCAAAUUAGUCAUGAAGAUGUUAAAAAAAGAGUGUCAAGGUUUUGUGGCAAGUUGACGUUAAAGGGUCUUUCUGUAUCUAAAUGUACAUGACUAAACACCAUUAAUCUACAUGUAUAUGGCCACUCUUUUAUCUGCUGGGUAUGGACGCAAGAUUCAACUGCCUAAAGUCUUCAAAUGUAUUCAGAUGUAAAUAAAAAAGUAACACAAGAGAGACUUUUUUCAUUAAGUGUCAACAUAAUUAUUGAGCCCUAAGUACAAACUCAGGAGGAUUUUAUAUCCUAUGCUUGAGAUUGGAUGGCCAUUUCUUUGUGUUUUUCUGAACCAUACAAAGGUCUCGCUGUUUGCAGAACAAUAGAAGCACCUUCUACCUCAGUUUAUUUAAGAUCCUGCAGACUACUGCACUGCUAAGGAUCGGUUCAUUUGGGGUGAUUCGAUCAGAGAUCCGAGAAUCACUUGGAUCUUGGUACAUCAAAUGAACAAUAGUUAUCCUUUCCCAGUGUCUGUUUAACAGAUCCUUUGAUGUGCUGUGAUCCGAGUGAUCUCGGAUUGGUGAUCCUGAUUUGGAUCAUCCCAGUGGAAUGCACCAGAAUUUAACUAGCCCUGCCAAAGUCAACUUAUCUCUUCUGAAACUCAUAUUGGUGGUAUCCUUUCUCUAGCAAAUGGAGGCUGAACGAGAAGACAGAAAAGAGCGUGAGGCCCUCAGAGAAGAAGAAAGAAAGAGACUGGAGGCACAGAGAAAGAAGGAACAAGAAAGACUUGUAAGUACAUAGCCUUUUGCAUUUGGUAAAAUAAACUAUAAAUUCAUGGAAAUUACAGAAAAAUACUAAAUUUAACAAAAACAUGUAAAAAACAUCCAAUUUCUUUGAAAACUAUUUUUCUUGCAUUUGUUUCACAGUCAAAUUAAGUUUCAAAUUUAUAAAUAGAUAAUUAUAACAAAAAAAAUAGCAAAUAAAGUCUUUUACUGGUAACAGCACCACAGAGUGGUUCUUUAUCUACUAUAAUAUUAUUUAAAAUUUAAUUGGAAUUUGGAGUCUUUGGUUUUUGAGGGGAAACUGGCGAAUCCAGACCCAGGCAUGUAAUUAAGUCCAAUGACCUAAAAAUUUUUUGGUCGCCGAAAUCAAAGAGCUCUUGUGAUGUGGUUUGUCUAUAGAUGUCAAAUUUCUUAUUUUAGGAAGAGGGGGAACGUAAAAGAAAGGAGGAACAAGAGCGUAAAGAGCAUGAAGAAUAUCUACUAUUAAAAGAACAGUUUACAGUUGAAGAAGAAGGUGUUGGCGAGACUGCUGAAGAAGUAAGGUUUUGUCAUGUUAUUAUUUUACUAUCUACAGCUUAAGAAGUAAGGUUUUGUCAUGUUAUUAUUUUACUAUCUACAGCUGAAAAAAAAUAAGAUUGCACAUGGUAUGUGUUUUUCACUUCAACUUCAUUUUCUAUAGCAGCUAGUUUUAUUGUCAAAUUAAGAAAACUGUGAUUACCUGAAAUAUUUCAAAAGUGUUAUGACCAAUCACAACUAAGAUCAGGACAUGGAAGGAAGCCAAAGAAACACAAGCUAAUUAUACCAUUGUUGCUUGCAGUAUAGUUUUCCUUGUAACACAUUAAAACAUUCUUUCUGGUGUUGUUGAUAUUCUGAGUUUCAUUAUAAGUACUGAUCUGCAUUUAUCUGAUUUAUUUUAGUCAGAAGCUCUUCUAGAGGAAUUCAUUACCUACAUUAAGGUAACUUUCCACAUGCUUGUAAAACUCAACUUUGCAGCACUUGAUGAGAAACAAGUUGGCAUCCAUAAAUAAUUAUUAAUAGGUACUGAUUAAUUAUUUUCAAUAAUCUAUAUUGUCCUGAAAGGAAUCCAAGGUAGUGUUACUGGAGGAACUAGCAUGUCAGUUUGGUCUUCGCACACAAGAUGCUAUUGAUAGACUGCAGGCUUUACAGGAAAUGGAGAGGAUAACAGGUAUAUGUAUUGAUUGGCUGUUGUCUUUGUGAUCUGCAAACUAUGUCAGCAUGCAUUAUGAUGAGGCAAAAGUUCCAUGGGGAAUAUCAAUCAUGUAAAACUUCAAAUUACACAUUUUUGACACUAUGCUGAAGAUGAAUAGUUUCUUCCAGGUUAACCAGGGAUCUCCAUCAUGUACUGCACUGAUUAAGCCAUCCAGUGCUGUCCAUUAUGGCCAUUUAUAAGCAUUGCCAAACUGGAUGUUGCUACAUGUAAAGUUGACUCCCGAUAACUCGAACCCUUGCUAACUCAAACCUCGUGCUAACUCAAACCAAAGUCAAUUUCCCCUGGAUUUCCCUCAUACAUGUAUUGUAAUUUUCCGUCAGUAACUCGAACCCUCGAUAACUCAAACCUCCCGCUAACUCAAAGUAAUUUUUGUCUCCCUUUAGAUCAUUUAACUAUAUAAUUCUACCCUUGAUAACUCAAACCAUGUUUUAAGGGUGUGACAAGUGAAAAAAAAGUUCACUGUUGUCUGAAAUGUUGGAAAAAACAAAACAAGAAAACACAAUCAAAACAAGAAUUCUUUAUGUCAGUUCUUUGUUUCACUUUUUUGUCACUCCAGUUCAAAUUCAGCAUCCAUCUCAGAAUAUUAAUCAAGUUUUGUUGCUUGAUUCCUUUUUCAAAAUACUAAUCUGCAUCUCUUGCUGUCCAUAAAGUGUCCAUGAUGGUCACAUUCCCUCCCCAUCCAUUUUCUUAUUUCCUUAUUCCCAGUUAUUUUCUUGGAACUCCCGAUAAUCAAACUUGUUUUGACUUCCCCAGAAGUUUCGAGUUAUCAGGAGUCAACUGUAUUUUAGAAUCUAUUUCUUUUCUUCUGUUUAGGUGAAGCUAUGUAAUUAAACUUUUUUUUCAUUUAAACUCCUCUUUCAGGAGUGACAGAUGAUCGUGGAAAAUUUAUUUACAUAUCACCAGAAGAGCUCCAAGCUGUAGCCAAGUUUAUUAAGCAGCGUGGACGUGUUACGAUCAGUGAACUAGCCGAAAGCAGUAACACUCUCAUAAAUCUGCAUACAGAUAAGUCUCACACAGAAACUCCCAAAACUGCUCAAGUAUCAGCAUAGGUACAUUUGAGUUUUGAUUGCAUCAGUUUGUGAAAAGAGGAAAAUUUUAUUUAAAUAUUUCAAGUGAAAAGGCACUAGGCUUUUACCCGCAAAGACUUUCUGACCGUUGCUUGGAAGUUUUUGAACACUAAAUGAAGCACACAACCUUUUUUGAGAUUAUACACGUUGUAUAGUCAAAUAUAAUUGACUGUGACCAUCGUAACUCAAUUGAUAACAGUGCCUCAUUGAAAGCAAUUUUACUGUUAGAAAACAUAAGUCAACUUGAUGCAUUAUCUGCCGAGUCUCGAGCCAAUCUUCAUAUUUUGAUAGACAACACACUAUCAAAGAGCAAUAGAGAAAGACAGUGAUGUAUUAAAUUUCUCCCAAAACCCUUUUAUAAGGUGGUAUAUGGGUAUUUUUCUGGAAGAACUGAGUUGUUCUCAUUAUUAAUAUUAGUGGAACUCCACGUGUGCCCAAGCGAAGCCCCAUACCUAAGAAUAUUAAAUUUUGGUAAUCUAUCAAUUCAAGAAAAAUUAAUUUAGAAUUUUAUGAAAUGUCAAACUUACUAGCUAGUGUGGAAGCCAGUUACUUGUUUUUAACGUGAUAAUAGUCAUCCAUAUUAUGGUCAAUUGACAGCUGUCAAAAAAGGUAUCCGCUGACCAUUCACAUGACUGUAUUCUGGGCUCAGGUGCCAACUCAUCGAGGUCACAUGUAAUUUUAAGUUUUCUGCCAACCAGUUAUUAGCUUUUAAUUCAUCGCAGGCUCAAGUUCAUGUUUUUCAGUCACAUGGUUCUCCCCUAAAGUUAAGUACAGAUUUGUGGAUUUCUUUGCAAUGGUUUCAAGUCCAUUGUCGGAAGUAAAUUUGAAAUGCAUAAAUGGGAGCUUCACUUUUAACUCUGGCUAAAUCUAUUAUAAGAGACAAGUAAAUGGAAAAAGUAGAGCAUGUACUUCUGACACUGUAUUUAAUAGGUC